AGUACUUUUGCCUCCUCUGUUGUCUGUCUGUCUUGUGUCCAGGAAGAAGGAAACGUCAGCAUGGGUGUUCCCUAUGAAAUACACGUACUCGGAUUGGACAUAAUUCUGUAACGUCAUGCCCCAAACACGGAAGGAGAGUACCGCUAAACGCGCGAAUACAUGAAGGCACACCAACAUGGCUGCCAGUUCCUCGCAGUCAAGUAGCGUGAAUAAACGCAAGUAUUUCAUCGAAGAUACCACAGAAAUAACUUACAGUGGCUCUUUGGAGACUCAACGUACCGCAGCAAAGAAGACUAAUGUGACCAGGUCAAUGGAAUGUGGCUCGCCAUGGUGGACCAAGGAGCAUCUGCCUGCUGCGGAAGCUCUGUGGGCCUUGACUCUCCAGUCUGCUCUGCCGUACCUGAACGAGCAGCAUUGGGAAGAAGUUCCUGAUCUUCCACAUCCAUCUGCAGCAGAGACGACAUCACAUGUGCUGGAUCAACAACACUGGUGUGACUUGAAUGGCAAGGUUCCUCCCUUCCCUGAACCAUCUCCAGUGUUCCAACACAGUCCACAUCUCCAGUUCGCCUCCUCCAAACAGACCAAAGCUAGCCCGGAGAUUUCUGACCUAUCGCUAUCCUCUCUCAUCCGUCAAGAGCACGAGGCCAACAUGGUGACGAUAAAAUCUGGCUACAAAAAAGAUCAAGCAUUUCCUCGUGCCAUCGCUGGUCCGUCACGUGUUGAAGAAGAAAGAUUAAAACAAGAUGAAAAGAGACCAACAGCACAAGUCAGUUGCUUCGGCAGUCAACCUCUGGACCACAAGGAAGGCAUCAUUGAGGAGCCAAUGGAGACUGAAGAAGACAAGGAAAAGAAGUGCAGUGACACAAAAAGAGCUGAAGAAACAUUGAAUAGCUGCCCUAUGUGCCUGCAUGUCUUCUCUGUUGGGGCCUCCCAGAUAGACCGUGAUGGCCACCUGGCUCAGUGUCUGUCAGAGAUGAAUGUGGACAUGAGCUGGUGAGCUCCAAGCAACCUGCCACACGCUACUGGGAUAAAGUGAUGUGCUUUCAUCUUGAUUUUGAAGAGCCUGCAUUCAAUCGAGACAUUCAAGUCUUCUCCAUAAUUCAGCUGCACUAUGGGCAAAUGCAACACAGUGGCCUCACUGGUCCUCCCCAGCACCAAAAUCAACUGAAACACAUCAUGCAUUAGCAUAACAUUGACAACAUAUGCUGGACAUACAUUAAUGAUGGAAGAAUUCGACUUUGCCAUUUUUUCCCCCCCCCAUAACCUUUUCAUAACUAAUGACAUUCCAACAAUUACUGAGUCUAUUUGUUAUGUGUGAUCGGUUCUGAACAUAUCUCCCUAUAAAGGGCUUAAAUGUGCUUUUCCACCGAACUGUGCUGGUAUAUGUAGCCACUGAAUAUUUCAUAAUGCUAUACUGACAUAGCUAAUGAAAUCACAUAAUCAUUAUUGUCACAGUAUCGAAACACCAGCAGUGGAUUUCUGUAUUGUAUUGUGCAGUUCUUUCAUCUAAAAAUAUGAAUUGAUAAUUUGCGUUUUGAACAUGUUGCUCCAUUCAUUUUGAUUUGACGAAGAGCAAAGGGUCAUGCAAUGUCACGAAUGUUUUAAUAAACCGUUGAACACA